UCUCUUUGAUGAAGUGCGAUCAGAUAAUAUAGUAGUUUUACGUUUAGUUCUAAACCCGACGUUUGAGUGUAUAAACAUUUGUUGUAACUUGUAAUGUGCGUCAAAAAGGUCAUGCGCAACUGACAGUGCUUUAUAUUAAAAUCGCCAUUUUUCAAACAAAGAUCAAGCAGACUAAAAAGAAAGAAAUUACCAUACUUCAAAACAUUCUCGAAAAAUCAGAAAAAAACUUACAACUACAACACACUUUGAAGUACUUCAAAUCUACUCAAAUCAAAACAAACUUCUCUUUAUACUACAAAACAUGAUAAUAACAAUACUAUUAUUGUUGAUUGUUUUUGCAAUAAUAUAUGAUUUUUACUUACACCAUACAAGAAAUGGGCGACUUAUCGAUCUUAUACCAGGUCCACCUGGUAUUCCAGUUUUUGGCUCGGCACUUUUAGCUCAAGCUUCACAAGAAGAUAUAUGGCACCUUAUACGUUUUUACGCAAACAUUACUUAUCCUGUUACAAAAGUCUGGAUAGGUUUCAGAAAUGGUGUAUCCAUUCGUCAUCCAGACGAUUUAGAAAAAAUUUUAAGCAGUACAAAUCAUAUCGAAAAAAAUUUUCUAUACGACAUGUUACGUCCGUGGCUUAACGAUGGACUUCUUACUAGCAAAGGAAGCAAAUGGUACAGUCGAAGAAAAAUAUUAACGCCAACAUUUCAUUUUAAUAUACUGCGACAAUUNGUUGACGUUUUUGUCGAAGAGAGCAACCAUAUGAUAACAUCUCUGAAAGAAUGUGAAGGAGCAGUUAUAAAAGAUUUAGUCCCAUUUCUUAGCGAGCACACACUAAAUGCAAUAUGCGAAACCGCCAUGGGUAUUUCUUUGCGUGGUUGUGACACGUUCCAGGAACAAUAUCGAAAAUCAAUAGAAGAUAUGGGUCGCUUUUUUGUACACAGAUUACAAUCUCCUUGGCUGUAUCCCGAAUGGUCGUUUGCAUUAUCUCCAACAGGUAGACAGCAAGCCAAAACGUUGAAAAUAUUACAUGGAUUUACUGAAAAAGUCAUUAAAGAAAGGAAACUAUAUCACGAACGAACACAGUACCAAUAUUUAAAAAGCAUUGAAACUGGUAUAUCGACAAAAACAGAUGAUGUAGAAGUGAUCGGAAUUCGUAAACAGCGACUCGCUAUGUUGGAUCUUCUAAUAGCGGCAUCUCGUGAAAAUAAUAUAACCGAUUUGGACAUCAGAGAGGAAGUCGACACCUUCAUGUUCNAGGGUCACGAUACUACGGCAAUGGGUGUGUGUUUUGCUUUACUCUUACUAGCUGAGCACAAGGAUGUUCAGGAUCGUGUCAGGACUGAAGUUGCUGAUGUGAUGAAAGAAACUGAAGGGAAAUUGAUUAUGGCGUCCUUACAAAAGCUACCGUAUUUAGAAAGAUGCUUAAAAGAAGUGAUGCGAUUGUAUCCCAGUGUACAUUUCAUAUCCCGCCUUAAUUCAGAAGAGAUACAAUGUCAGUCGUAUACGAUUCCAGCUAACACAAAUUUGCACCUUAAUAUCUAUGACGUCCAUAGAGAUGCUAACUUCUGGCCAAACCCGGACGUAUUCGAUCCGGAUCGAUUUUUGCCUGACCAAAUGCAAAAUCGCCAUCCUUAUUGCUACCUACCGUUCAGUGCGGGACCACGGAAUUGCAUAGGUCAACGGUUCGCUAUGUACGAAAUGAAGGCUAUGAUCGCAUCUCUAAUACACCACUUCUACAUAGAGCCUGUAGAUUCUUUGAAGAAUCUAAAAAUUAAAGCAGAUUUGAUACUUCGUCCUGCUCAUCCGGUUCGUGUAAAAUUUGUGCCGAUCAAAUAAAUAUCGAGACACUUAAAGACAAAAAUGGGACAACUUGAUUUGUUGGUUAUAAACUGUUAUAUCUUAAAGAUGUAUGUAUAAAUGAAAUAUAUAAAAAUAUUAUAUAAAAAAUAUAUAAAGUCGGAUCGCAACUUAAAAAGCGAACAUUUUAACGUUUCCGCUACGUUACUACCACGUUUUAGCCGUGUAACGAAAUGUUGCUAAUUUCGGAAAACCCGUUGCGAAAACGUUUGUGCUACUAACGAUGCUAUGUGGGUAUUGGUUUUUGGAGUAACGUCAGUUGAAUUAAAUGAGUAAGACGUAAUAAUCAAGUUAGUUAACUAACACAGUUGUUUAAAAUUUGGUUUUGAGUAUAUAUUUACGUAUUAUAUAUAAGAUAUAACAUAGCACGUAAUAUUACAAAAAUAUCGUAAUAAAAUUGCACUGUAUCAUUAAUAAUAGAUAUUAUUAUACAAUAUUACAAUAAUAUUAUCAAUAUAUUACAUUAAUAUAUAAUAUUAAGCAUCUUAAGUAACGAAAGUAUAUAUCAAAUAUAGUUUUUAUUAUGUCUUCUGAACGUUAGGUAUGUCCCAUGCAGCACUGCGAAAACGUUACGUAAACCUUACAUUGAAAGGUUGUAAUAUUGCGUGAUAGUUGCAAACUAUUUCUGCAAUGGUACUGCAAGCUUACGGCAACGUUGAAAUGUCCGCCUCCAAACAUAUUGCAAUGUAUAUAAGAUUACAGUAUUUACCGCGCAAUGUAAUGGUAAUAUUAAAACCUAAUGUAUUUGUAAUAUUAAAACACAAUGUAAAGGACCAGGGCACAUUGUGACAUGCAAAUUAUAGUAUUAAAAAUACCAAACUGCACACUAUAUUAUGUAAUAUUAUGUAACAUUGAGUACAUUACAUAAUAGUCACAUCUUUUAGCUUUACAAAAAAAAAAAUAUUUAUGUAUAUCUUUAUACAAACAAAGUUAUUUACUGUUAAACACGUGCAAAUUUGUCACCGUGCCCCGUAUCCAGGAUUAGUUGUCACAUAAGCCAAACUACUAAUUUUCUUGGGUGUAAGAUCACAGUUAAUAUCUGAAGCACGUAAUAUAUAAUUACCUAGUUGUUCUUCUUGAAAAUCACUAAUAAAAAUCUUUUUUGGCUUAGCAUACCCCACUUGUACAAAUCAUAUUUUCACAUAUGUUCUUUUCUGAAAUUUUCUUACAUUACCGAACUAUAACGUACAAUCUUCAGUUCAUUUCAAAUAAUAAUACACCCUCUCCCAUUGACAAAGUUUUUGUUAAAGUUAUAUAGCGCGACGCAUCCUACGCACGGCGAUUACUUUCUCACGCAUACUCACCGUGUGACAACUUACCCCAAACGUUC